AGAUGGCGUCGAAAGAAGUUCCAGUUAUUCCAAAGGCAAUAGUCCGUCCUCGAGAAAAUGAGACUGGUAUCUCUGGAGCGAAAGGGGAACAGGGUUCUGAGGCAGAAAUCAUAAAAGUUGAAGUGGAAGAUUUAAUUUGUGCUGUGUGCCAGUCCACCUAUUCUGAUCCUCGAUUAUUGUCCUGUCUUCACAGUUUUUGUAAGCAAUGUCUGUCAAAACUAGUUGAGGUUCAGGGAGGAAAGAGGUCUAAUCUCCGUACCAUAAAAUGUCCAUUAUGUCGUAAUGAGCAUAUUCUUUACUCUAAAAUGGGAGUAGAUGAUUUGAUGCCUAAUACUCAAUUGGCUUCUAAAUUGGGAUGUUUUCUACCGCCAGCUCCUCAGCUAUCAUGUGGAGAAUGUGAAGAAGCAAACGUGUUUAGUUUUUGUGAGAACUGUCAGAACUAUCUCUGUAGGCUUUGCGAUCAAGCGCACAAAAGAAUGGCCUCCUUUAAGAGUCACUUGGUAGUGCCUCCUCAUCAGGCCAUAUUGAAACCUAAAUCAAAGAAAUUCAUGUGUUGUCGUCAUCCCUCUGAGUCUCUUGAUGUUUACUGCACUGGUUGUAAGGUUGCUGUGUGUCGAGAAUGUGCAAUAUUUGGUCACAAUGGGCACCAUUUUAAACGAAUAGUGGACAUUUCAGAUACAAUAAAAUCAUCUUUGAUGUGUGAGUCCAUGAAACUUUCAGCUCAACUUAUUAAGUUUCGUUCCCAUGCUAAGGAGAUCGGCGAAGCUGAAAAACAUGUUACAGUUUAUCCUGAUCAAAUGAAAUCUUUCAUCACCUCUCAAUUUGAAGAGCUACACAAGCUCUUAGAUAAACGUAAAGAGGCACUCCUGCAACAAGUUGAUACACAGUACAAUGGCUUCUCUAAGACACUGUGGGCUGAGAAGGAUAUCGUUGAAACAGGUAUUUGCAAGCUAGAGGCUGGAAUUAAAUUUGCUGAUCAGCUUGCUAGGAGUGAGGACAAGCAGGAAGUUGCUGUGUUGGGCAUUGAUGCUGUUAACUCGAUGAAGAAAAUGAAUACACUCUCAUGGGAUCCUAAGACCAUAAAAAACCUCGGGCCUUUAAUAUAUAUGGCUCGAGAAAGAGAUGCUUUUUUUCAGGAUCUGAGUGAUAAAGAU